AUGACUCUUCCUCGAAAAUCUUCCAAUUCUUCCUCACUCUCUUCCAAUUCAAAAGCUAAAUGGUUACGUCAAAAUGCUCUUUUAACUUUAACUAUUGGGGCUGUAUUUAUUGGUGUUUUGGUUGGGUGUGUUGGUCGUUUGGGUGAACCGAGUGCUAAUACUGCUAGAUUUGUUGGAUUUCCUGGAGAGUUGUUAAUGAGAAUGCUUAAAUGUGUUAUCCUUCCACUCAUUUCAUCUUCUCUAAUUACUGGUCUUGCACAACUUGAUGUUCGUCAAUCGGGUAGAAUGGGGGCUUUGGCUAUUUUAUAUUAUUUGGCUACUACUGGAAUUGCUGUUACUACAGGCAUAAUUCUUGUAAUUGCAAUACACCCAGGCAAUCCUGCCCAUUACCCUGGCCAACAAAAUACAAAAAAUCAGCCAAUUAUAAGUAUGGCAGAUACUUUAAUGGAUUUAAUUAGAAAUAUAUUUCCCGAUAAUUUAAUCCAAGCAACAAUGCAACAAACACAAACAAAAAUAGAAAGAAUUAAUGGAUCUGAUGGAAUUUUAAUUGAAAAAUUUAAAUUGGGGCAUACUGAUGGAAUGAAUAUUUUAGGUUUAAUUGUUUUUUGCAUUGCUUUUGGUAUAGUAUUGAGUCAAUUAGGACCUAGAGGUCGUCCUAUGGUUGACUUUUUUGCAAUUCUUGAUUUGGUCAGUAUGCGUUUAGUUUCUUUAAUUAUGUGGUAUUCACCAAUUGGCAUCUCUUCUUUAAUUGCUAGUAAAAUUCUUUCCGUUGAGAAUCUCACUGACACAGCUAAUAGUUUAGCCAUGUAUUGCUUAACAGUCAUUAUUGGUCUAUCAAUCCAUUCACUCAUCUCCCUUCCAUUGCUUUAUCUCUUCCUAACAGGCAAAAAUCCUUUUGUUUUUGCCAAAGGUUUACUUCAAGCAAUGGCUAUUGCUUUUGGAACAGCCUCCUCUGCAGCUACAUUACCAGCUACUUUUCGUUGUUUGGAACAGAAUUUGGGUAUUGACAAAAGAGUUACUCGUUUUGUUUUACCUGUUGGGGCAACAAUUAAUAUGGAUGGAACAGCGUUAUAUGAAGCAGUUGCAACUAUUUUUAUAGCUCAAAUGAAUGGAAUGGAACUUGGAUUGGCUCGAAUUGUUGUUGUUAGUUUGACAGCUACAUUAGCAUCCAUUGGAGCUGCCUCUGUCCCACACGGGGGUUUAGUAACUGUUGUAGUUGUUUUAACAGCUGUAGGAUUGCCGGUUGGGGAUGUCUCCUUAAUUGUUGCCGUUGAUUGGUUUAUUGAUCGGUUCCGAACAGCAAUUAAUGUUCUCGGAGAUGCUUAUGGUGCUGCUAUAGUCCAUCACCAUUCCAAAGAGUAUUUACCCGUUGAAGGAGAUGGGUUGUUGGAUAAACAAGAAGGGGGAAGUGAAUUAAUGGCAUUACCAGAAAAUGGACGGCUUUUAGCUGAAAAGGAAAGAAUUGAGGAGAAAGGGAAAUAUUAUUCACCUUUAAGUAUUAGUCCGGCAUAA